GAGGCCGAUUCCAUCAUCAUCAUCAUCAUCGAUAUGAUGAUCAUUAUGGAAAAAAUCAAUAUAUCCAUAAUGAGAAUAUCGAUAAAACAGAUAUACAUUUGAAAUGUUAUUCUUUUAGUUGUUGUCCAUUUUAUCGCCACCACCAUCAUCAUCAUGAUCAUGAUUAUUGUUCCAGAAUGUUCAAAAGGACUGUGAUAAAUCUGUCAUUUAUUUCAUUAUCGUUAUCAUUUCUAUUCUUAUUUGCCAAUAUCGAUAAUUCAUUGGCAACAAAUAUGAUUUGCCAUGAUGAUAAUGGUGAGCAUUCAACUAUUGGUUCAUCAUCAUCAUCAUCAAGUGUAUCGAUUUUUUCCAAUAAUAACAACAAAAGCCAAAACCAUAAUAAUCGAACAACCAUUGUUUCAAAUAGUCGUACGAUUUUUUUGAUCAAUGAUAAUGACGAUAAAAUUGUUACCGCUGCAAAUACGAAUACAAAUAACAAUAAAAAACGUGAUGUUCAUGGUUUGAAUGAUGGAAAAAUUUCACAAAAAUUUCAUCGUGAUUAUUCAUCAUCGACAACAUUAUCAACAUCAUCGAAUACCUUGAAUAUAAAUUUUCCGAACAAUAAUGUUGAUAGUAAAAAUGUUUCAUCCAUUCAAACGGCCAAUAAUGAACAACCAUUUGCUACAUUCGUAUAUACUGUUUUGAUCAAUGAUAAAGUUCAACUACCCUGUGAUAUACAGCCACCAUCAUCGGAUGAUCAAAUUGUUCUAGUUCUUUGGUAUAAAGAUGAUGAGCUGGCACCAAUACUAACAUUGGAUGGUCGAAAAAAUCAAUUGGAUCCAGGUGCAGUUCAAGUUUCAGCAUCAAAUCUGAGAGGUCGAGCCUAUUUCAAUGUACAUGGUAGACCAGCACAUCUUUCAAUCGAUCCGGUCGCUGCAUCCGAUGAAGGUGAUUAUCGUUGUCGUGUUGAUUUUCGUAAAGCUCGUACAAUUAAUACAGUGAUUUCAUUGAAAGUGAUUGUUCCACCACAAGUGCCAAAAAUUACCGAUCAAGAUGGCAACUAUCUAAGCGGUUUGGUUGGCCCAUACAAUGAAGGUGAUGAACUUGCAUUGACUUGUCUCACAAAAGGUGGAAAACCACGACCAUCAUUAAUCUGGUGGCGAGAUUUCGCCAUCAUUGAUGAUUCUUUUGAAUUCGAUGAUCGAGACGUGACAACAAACGAAUUGGUCAUCACACGUUUGUCUCGACAUCAUUUGUUAGCAAUAUUAAUGUGCCAAGCUAUCAAUUCAAAUAUAACGACUACGCCAGCAUCGAAUUCCAUAACAUUGGAUCUAAAUCUAAAACCAAGCGAAGUGAGAAUCACCCAGCUGACGCCAAUAUUGGUUGCCGGUGCCGAUGCUUUGUUUGAAUGUAAUACGUUUGGAUCACGACCAAUGCCAAUCAUUUAUUGGUUAUUCGAUGGCAAUCGUUACGAUACAAGAAUUCAUGGUGAACAACAAACAGGCAGUACGAUAACAUUACGCCUAGAGCGACACCAUCGUGGCAUGAUUGUCGAAUGUAUUACUGAGAAUCUUCGUAUACCAAAUUCAGCCAUCCGUGAUCAAUUGACUCUUGAUGUUCAAUAUCCACCACAGAUGGAAUUAAAAUUGGGAGCACCAUCAUUAUCAUUGGAUUCCAUACAAGAAGGCAUCGAUAUUUAUUUUGAUUGUCAUGUUGAUUCAAAUCCAGCUCCAACAACACCAAUUACAUGGCUAUUCAAUGGCGAAACACUUGUACCAGAACCGGGAGUAAUCGAGAGCAAUCAAUCAUUGGUAUUGCAACGUGUUCCACGAUGGCGAAAUGGAACAUAUCAAUGUAAAUGUUCUAAUCAACAAGGGACAAUGAUUAGUAAUGAAAUACAUUUGGAAAUCAAAUUUGCACCGGUCUGCAAGAUUCCAUACACAUUGAUUUACGGUUUACAAUUGAACGAAAUCAUCCAGAUCGGAUGCGAAGUCCAAGCACGACCAACCGCGGAUGUUUCAUUCCAAUGGCGUUUCGAGAAACAUACUAAUUUAGCCAAUUUUAUUGUGAUCAAUGAAACCAAAUCAAUAUUAGAAUAUGUGCCUCGUACACGAGACCAAUAUGGCCUUAUUGAAUGUACAGCAAAAAAUUCAAUCGGAAUACAACGUGAACCAUGUCAAUUUCUUAUCGUACCGUCUGCCAAUCCUUAUUUUCCCUAUCAAUGUUUAGUUUCAAAUCAAAGUGAUUCAACACUUUCAAUACGUUGUGAUGGGUCAUUUUUAUCGGGUAAUAUUUCCUAUUCAACUACGGAAUCAUCAUCAAUUUCUGAUAAUAAUAAUAAACAUUAUGAUGCUACCUCAUGGCUGUCAUCACAACAGCAACAACAACAUGGCAACAAUAUUUCGGAUGAUGAAUUGGACGAAUUAAAUUCUGAAAUAGAUGCCAGUUAUACCGGAAGUGGUGGUGAUGAUGAUGAUGAUAUAACAUCAUCGACAACUAAAUUGAAAUAUAUUCACAAUAGUUACAAAAAUCAAAGACCGGAACAAAUUUCCGAUUCUGUUGCCAGUUUAUUGUCUAAUUUGACCACAUCAGAUAUUUAUGCAAUGUAUUUUGCACCGGAUCUUCAACCACAGACGGCCGUCACCGGAAACAAUAUGAACAACAAUGAUGGCACAUCUAAUAUGCCGAAUACUGAUCAAGACGGUCAAUCGAUCAAAGUAACUUAUCGGAAUGGCGUCGGUCCAUUUCCAGCCAAUGGGCCACAACGUGCUGCUGCCGCAUCGAUGCUUUUCCUGAAUGAACUGGUAACAAAAUUCAAUUCACAUCCAUUAAAUCUGCAACCACAUUUGUUAGUCUAUCCACCAACGUAUUAUAUAUGCGAAAUUUAUUCACUUUCACCGAAACCUACAUUGAUCAAGAAUCUAACUAUCGAUGCUAUCGGUAAACGGAUUAUGAAUCCAUUGCUCAAUGGGAGCUUUAGUUUUCUGGUCGAUGAACUACCAUCGAAUACACCAUUGCGUGUGAAUAUCUAUGCACAGAAUAAUCGUAAACGUUCCAUAAUGCAAGUAGAAUUGGAUGCAAAAACAUUACGUGCAGCUGAACGUCGUAUCGAUUACGAGGGGCAUCAAGGCCAACAUGCUGCACGAGGCAGGAAAUCAUAUUCAACAUUUUUCGAAGAAUUAUAUGGUGGUUAUGGACGAUUCCGUAACAAACAUAUGGUUGUUGGUUUGAUGAUUUCCACCGUAGCUAUCACUGUCAUUAUAGCAAUUAUAUUGAUCACUAUAGCCAUUUUACGUUCACGUCAUCAUCAACAGCAACAAAAUCCUUCAUUGUUUAAUCAUCGUCAAGGACAGAAUGAAAAUUCAACAACGAACCAUAGUAAAGGACGAACACAACAAACUAUGGUUAAUGAAAAUGAACAAAUAUGCCACAAUACCAACGAAUUGAUUAUGUUGGGUGAUAAGCUGAUACAUAUCCAGAAGCAAAAACAACUACAACAAAUGCCUGCUACAAAUAAUAAUGAUUCACUGACGGUUGGAAACAAAAAUUCCGGAUCACUUAAACGAAAAAAUCAACAACAACAGCAGCAGCAAAGAUUGUCACGUUCAAAUCAAAGUUUGAAUAAUAAUCAUGUACUAGAAACGACAUUCCUGACUAGUGAAACUAAUUUUGACGACGACGAUGAUGGCCAUCAUCAUCAUCAUCAUCAUCAUCAUGACGUUGUCAUGGAUGGUAACCAUAUCCGUAAUAACCAAAUGGAUUUGGUUGAAUUUGCUAAUGCAAAUUCUGUCGGUGGUGGAGCCAAUGGAUAUGGAAUGGAUCUUAUUGGUGCCGAUGAUGAUAGCUCAAUGCGUUCUGAUCAUCAACUUAUACAAUCGACAAAUGAUUCGGAUAAAUAUUAUAAAUCCAUUUUGACAACAAAACGAACAGCAACAGCAACACAAAAUGCUGCACCACCAAAUUAUUAUGAUUUAAAUCUAACGGAAACAUCAGCAUCUUCUGAAUCGACAACAGCCGCAGCUACAGCUACUGCCUAUGUGAAUAUUUUGCCUUCAGGUGCAGCGGCAGCACCACCGGAUAUUAUUCAAAAUGUUAUGUAUCAACCAACAUCAACAUCACAUCAUCAUCAUCAUCAUGCACAAGAAUUUUUUGAUACAAUUUCAUUCGGCCAAUCUAAUAAUAAUGCAACAUCGACAACGAAUAAUGGAUCAACAUCCACUGAUCAACUAUCAGGUAACAUUAUUCAAUUACCACCAUUACGAAAAUAUUCAAUUGAUAAUUCAGCCAUUGGUGUUGGAAGCGGCAGCAAUGGUAACCGUUCAAUAAUCAUAUCUACAGAUCAACAACAACAGAUUAUCUAUGGUCAACAGUCAUCAUUACAACCAAAUUCAGCUUCAACGAUUUUAUCGACCGGUAAUAGCGGAUCAUCAGUAUCGCGAACAUCUACAUUAUUACGCCAUUCGGGUGCCUAUUAUAACGGAAGCGCUAGUGGUAGUGGUGGUCAUCAUUCUCAAUAUUCCGAUAAUUCAGCAGCACAUUUAUUUGGUACUUUACCACGUAAUGGAUCACCUUCAUCACAAACACAACAACAACAACAAUCAUAUAUUUACAUACCAUCACAACAAACACAACCACAGUCUACACAACAACAUCAUCAUCAUCUGAUCAUAUCAUCAUCGGCAAUUGGCUAUUCGUCACCAACAACUACAACAACAACAACCAUGGCAACAUCUAAAGUAGUCAAUACAUCGAACAAUAUUGAAUAAACUAUUUGAUGAUGAACCAUCAUUAUUAUAAUUAUUGUAAUAUCGAUCUCAAAUGGAAUCAGAGGAUUUGAUUUGAUUUUGUUUGCAAACAUUUUUCGAGUCUAGACAUAAUGACAUUUAUUUUGUAAGUGAAAAAAAAUAAAUAACGGAAAACGUUGUUAUCAUCAUCAUCAUUAUAGUAAAGUAAUUUCAUCCAAAUGUUGAUUGAUUUGCGUUAAUGGUACAAUAUACAAUUGACACUUGCACCGACAUAAACAUACACAAUCAUGAUACUGGGAGCCUUAUGGGAACGUCUUCAAAUAUAUGAUGAUGAUUAUUAUUAUUAUAUUCAUUGCCUACAGGGCUUUUCUUUUUUUUUUUGCUUCUGUUGUUUUUUCUUCAACUAAACUGAAUUCGAUUACACACAACGAUCUAAACAUCAUCAUACUUCAAUAAGAACAAUCACAAUAAGUAAAAUAAUGUCUUGGAUUUCAAAUUCCAAACAAACAAACAUACGACGAAAAAACUGUUAGAUUCACAUUAAAAUUGACAUGACUUGAAGGCAUGAACAAUAAUGGCGGAAAAAAAUAUCCAUUCUACAAGAGAAUGUCCAAGUCUAAGUUUGUGUGUGGCUGUAUAAUUUGUAAAUAGAUAUCCAAUUCGAAUUAUCAUCAUGAUUGUUAAUGUUUUUGUUUUGUUGACACAUUUCAUCCU